AUGGAAGUAGCAAUGAGGGAGGCUCCGCAGUCGUCUAUCAGGAAGAAGGAAUACCAGGCCAAGAUGGCAGGGAUAAAGACGAGACAAGAGAAAGAGUUUAUGGAGAGGAAGAAGGAGAAUGCAAAGUAUGCCGAGGCCACUACCGAGAAGCUCCUAGAUAAAUACUACCAGCAGGAAAGAGAAAUCCUUGAGAAGAAGGCAAGCAUUCAAGAAGGAUUUUAUGUCCCAAAGGAGGCAGAGUUCUUUGUGGUGAUCCUGAUAAGAUCAAAGCUCCGAUGUCCUCCAAAGGUCAAGAAGGUUCUACAGCUUUUCCGACUGAAGAAGACCAAUACCUGCAUGUUCGUCAAAAACAACAAGUCGACAAAGAGGAUGCUUCAUAUAAUCAAGGAUUAUGUUGCAUUUGGAACAAUUGAUAUGGAGCUACUGAGGAAGCUGAUGUACACAAGGGGAACGGGGAGGAACGGAAAUGCUCGUGUCAAGCUCACAAACGAGUUUAUUGAGGAUAUGUUUGAUGGAAAGAUCAAGUGCAUCGAGGAGCUUGUUUACCACAUCUACAAUGGGACCGAGAUGUUCAGAGACGUCAACAAUUUCCUGUACCCGUUCCACCUUAGCCCGCCGCGCGGAGGAUUCAAAGGUAAGAAAUCCAGGAACUUCAACGAUGGAGGGUCUGUUGGGAAUCACCAGGACCUGCUGGGGAAUCUCCUCAAGAGGAUGAUUUAA